CAAAUCCUGUGCACAUAGCCAUCGUUUGAAUUAACUGGCUUCGCAGAAAUUUCUUGCUUAUUAAUCUAGUAGGGUUCUUUAUGCAAUGGCAGCCAUUUCCACAAGAAACUCUCUCAGAACCAUGAUCAGCGGUAGAAAUUUCUUGGCAAUUAUUUUUUGUCUUUUUAGUUAUGGGUUUUGUUUAGAAACAGAUACCAUUAACGCCGGAGUAGUGCUUAACGAUUCUGCUACAAUAGUUUCCUCCGGCGAGAUUUUCACGUUGGGAUUUUUCAGCCCCAACGGCAGUACUCGGCGUUACUUGGGCAUAUGGUAUACAGUUACUAAAGAUACAGUGGCUUGGGUUGCCAAUCGAGAUAGGCCUCUCAACGAUUCAUCAGGGACCUUCUCCAUAUCUGCAGAUGGAAAUCUUGUAAUCAUGAAUGGAAAUCAAGAGAUUAUUUGGUCAUCAAAUGUUACGUCAAAUUCUACUUCCGGUAGGAAUACUACUGCCCAAUUAUUGGGUACUGGAAAUCUUGUCCUCCGGGAUGUCACCGGCAGCGGAACACUAUGGGAGAGCCACCGGUAUCCCACUAACACGUUUCUGCCAGCAAUGAGAAUAUUUCACAACACAAGAACAGGCCAAAGGGUAUCAUUAAAUUCCUGGAGAAGUCCUCAGGAUCCUGAUUAUGGAAAUUUUUCUUCGGGUCUCUACGCAGUUGGGAUCCCACAAAUUUACAUAUGGAAUAAUGGUCGUCCAAUAUGGCGCAGUGGUCCAUGGAAUGGCCGAGUUCUUACUGGAGUAACCCGCAUGUACUCUGUCUAUGUCGAUGGAUUUAGCGUGGCAACUGAGGAAGAUGGCACAGUAGUUUUCACACGAGCUUUUAGACAACAGGCCUUAAUGACGAAUUAUUUGAACACCGAGGGAGUUCUUGUUGAAGCGGCCUGGGAUAAUCAGAAGAGAGAAUGGAAUCCCACAUGGCAAGCACCAAUAGAUGAUUGUGAUUUCUAUAACAAAUGCGGUCCAUUUGGACUCUGCUACUCGAACAAUAGGCCGAAAUGCAGUUGCUUAACAGGGUAUGAACCGAAGAACAAAGAGGAAUGGGAUAGUGGGAAUUGGAGCGGUGGAUGUGUGAAAAGGACACCCCUGCAGUGUGAUCGAGAUAAUAAUGCAACUGAUAAACACAAAGUUGAUAAAUUUGUGAAGAUCGCUCUAGUGAAAGUGCCAGAUUUUAUUCAGUGGUCGACCGGUAUUGAAACUGAAUGUGAAGGCCUGUGCUUGGGAAAUUGUUCUUGCAGAGCCUAUGCAUAUGAACAGGGUAUUGGAUGCAUGUUCUGGAGUGGAAGCUUAAUUGACAUUCAGAAAUUCUCCAGGGAUGCAGGUUCAGAUUUCUUUGUUCGGGUGGCUUAUUCAGAACAUGAUGAAAAGAAAGACAAAAAAGUAAUAAUCAUAUCAUGUGUAGUCGCCACUUUGGUUGCCAUUUCCUUUUGCCUACUUUUAUCUUGGUGGUGGAUGUCUCGGCGAAGAGGCCGCAGUGUAACAUUAGAAUAUGAAGGAGGUGAAGUAGGCCAACUGAAUUCAAGUGAAAUCAGGCUGCAUAAUGCCAUGGAUAAAGUUAAUGUUGAAGAGUUACCACUAUACAGUUUCGAGAUGGUUGAAAAUGCAACGAACAAUUUUGACGUGGCCAAUAAGCUUGGAAUGGGUGGUUUUGGUCCAGUUUUUAAGGGAAAAUUGGAAAAUGGGAAAGAAAUUGCAGUGAAAAGGCUUUCAACAGAAUCUGGACAGGGGCUUGAAGAAUUCAUGAAUGAAGUGGUUGUCAUUUCUAAACUCCAACACCGCAACCUUGUUAGACUACUAGGAUGCUGUGUAGAAAAAGACGAAAAGAUGCUAGUAUAUGAAUACAUGCAAAACAGAAGCCUAGAUGUUUUUCUAUUUGAUGGUUCGAAUAAUAUUCUUGAUUGGAGGAAACGUUUCAAUAUUAUUGAAGGCAUUGGCCGAGGACUCCUCUAUCUGCACAGGGAUUCUCGAUUGAGAAUAAUCCACAGAGAUAUGAAGCCAAGUAACAUAUUGCUUGAUGAGGAUUGGAAUCCAAAGAUUUCAGAUUUUGGAAUGGCCAGAAUAUUCGGAGGCAACCAAAAUCAAGCCAACACUAGAAGAGUUGUUGGAACAUAUGGAUACAUGGCUCCUGAAUAUGUAAUGGGUGGCAGAUUUUCAGAAAAAUCCGAUGUUUUCAGUUUCGGCAUUUUAGUAUUGGAGAUUGUAAGCGGGAGAAAGAACACGAGCUUCUACAGUGACGAGUUGUCUUUAGGCUUUUUAGGAUAUUCGUGGAAAUUAUGGAACGAAAAAAAUGUUCUGGAUUUAAUCGACCAGAGAAUAUUUAGUUCAAGCUCAUUGGCAGAGAUUAUGAGAUGCAUACACAUUGGAUUGUUGUGUGUUCAAGAAAUCCCUGUAAAUAGACCCUCCAUGUCAACUGUUCUAUCAAUGCUUAGCAGUGAAAUCUUUGACUUGCCGGUGCCGGAGCAUCCGGGAUUUAUGGACAUGUGGAAUGGGUCCCACUUCAAAACAGCGGAAUCUGCUAACAAGGUCACUAUUACUGUGCUAGAGGGGCGAUGAUGACAGAUAAUUUGUUUACCCUUCCAUCUUUCGAGUUGUAAAUAUCGAGGUAGUUUUGUUCAUAACAAUCACGAAGGAAAUCACAGAUUUGCCAAGAUUUUGUGUUGCUUUUACUCGCCAUUUCUCCAAAGAUAGGGCAACAAAUUUCUUAAACUCAUCAGAAAAGAAGGUGGAUACAAUAACAGCAAAUUCUUUAAGAUCAUAUUGAUUUUUUUGUAAAGAUCAUGGAUCAUGGAUAUACUAGAGAAUACUAAUAGCAAGACUAUUUUUAUAAAUUUCAAGAAUUGAAAAAAACCUACAAAAUAUGUCACAUCUGUUCCUUAAUCUCUUACAUAAUAGGAUGUUUGUAGUUGGUUGUUAGUACGAGAAAGCAUUAUCCUCGUUGAGCUCCUUGACUAUCGCUCGGACCCCUCCCAAAGGGUUCCUUUGCUCCUCCGUUUUAGCUCCUUAACUGAUCACUCUACUACUUCCAAUAGCUCAGAAGACAAAAGAAGCUCCAUUCUGAUAUUCAAGAGGUGAAUGAGCAGGGGGAUGAGGACACGUUAGAGAUCCUAGCCCUAAAGAGAUCUCUAACGAUAGUUAGCGACAUUGAAGGGCCUUAGGAUGUACUCAAGAAGGUAUUAACUCUUUUGACUUCAUUAGGCUCAGGGGCUAACUCAUAACUCUAGCUCAGGUUACUUUGGAACAAGUUGUUAAGCUGAUCUUCAAUGGAAUUCCAAUUGAAAAGCCUAUAUAUUUCAGAUUAUAUUAUAAAUCUCCAAUGUUUUUGAGCA